AUACACAUAUGCAGACAGAGCAUACCGUCAAAGCAAAGCCACGUUUUGGGAUUGUCUAAUCUUUAACGCCGCUAUAUCUGGAUGCCCACCAACCGCAGGAGUCAUCCUAAUGGGCCUUCAUCGCUAAUUUUCCCCCAGCAUCUGCUCGACACCUCAGCAGUAUCUUUUUUGGCUCUGAUGGUACUAGCUGAACAGUGACCACCACCUGCCUGAGGACACCUGCUGCCCAAUUGCCCUCAUCAUGUCUGGGAUCCAUGCGCCAUGGGCGACUGGCACAGAGUGUGUAGCCAAGUAUAACUUCCAGACGGCCAAUGAACAGGACCUGCCCUUCUGUAAAGGAGACGUACUGACCAUCAUCGGGGUGACUAGGGAUCCCAACUGGUACAGAGCGAGGAACACAGUGGGCAGAGAAGGCACCAUCCCAGCAAACUAUGUCCAGAAAAGGGAAGGAGUCAAGUCAGGAGGGAAACUCAGUCUUAUGCCCUGGUUUCAUGGGAAGAUAACUCGGGAGCAGGCCGAGCGGCUCCUUUACCCUCCGGAGACGGGUUUGUUCCUGGUUAGGGAAAGCACCAACUACCCCGGCGACUACACCCUGUGCGUCAGCUGCGACGGCAAGGUGGAGCACUACCGCAUCAUCUACCACAACGGCAAGCUCACCAUCGACGAGGAGGAGUACUUCGAGAACCUCAUGCAGCUGGUGGAGCAUUACACCAAAGAUGCCGAUGGGCUUUGCACCAGGCUGAUUAAACCGAAGUUGAUGGAGGGAACAGUGGCAGCACAAGACGAGUUCUCCAGGAGCGGCUGGGCCUUGAACAGAAAGGAGCUGAAACUCCUGCAGACUAUUGGCAAGGGAGAGUUUGGAGAUGUGAUGGUGGGAGACUACAGAGGGACCAAGGUGGCGGUCAAGUGUAUCAAAAAUGACGCCACAGCGCAGGCUUUCAUCGCAGAGGCCUCCGUCAUGACGCAACUGAGGCACAACAAUCUGGUGCAGUUGUUAGGGGUAAUUGUGGAGGAGAGGGGCAGUCUCUACAUUGUCACAGAGUACAUGGCUAAGGGCAGCUUAGUGGACUACCUGCGUUCUCGAGGACGGACCGUGCUCGGCGGAGACUGCUUACUCAAGUUCUCACUUGAUGUGUGUGAAGCUAUGGAGUACCUGGAGGCCAACAACUUCGUCCACAGAGACCUGGCAGCUCGUAACGUGCUGGUGUCAGACGACAACAUCGCCAAGGUCAGCGACUUCGGUCUCACCAAGGAGGCUUCCUCCAUACAGGACACUGCCAAGCUUCCCGUCAAAUGGACCUCACCUGAAGCACUAAGAGAGAAGAGGUUUUCCACUAAGUCGGACGUCUGGAGUUACGGCAUCUUACUUUGGGAGAUCUACUCCUUUGGCCGCGUGCCUUACCCUAGAAUUCCAUUGAAAGAGGUGGUGCCCCGGGUAGAGAAAGGGUACAAGAUGGACGCCCCAGACGGCUGCCCGCCCGUGGUGUACGACCUGAUGAAGCAGUGCUGGACCCUGGACGCCGUGGUGCGGCCCUCCUUCCGCAUGCUGAGGGAGAAGCUGCAGCAUAUCAGAGCCAAGGAGCUCUACCUGUGAAGAGGAUGCGCGAGGGUGUGUGCGGGGAGGGAGGGGAAGAGGAAAGAGGUGAGACGCAGCCCAGCACAGCUGUACAUUGGGAGGAGCAGAGGGACCACAGCACCUUCCUCCUGCCUGCAGCCUUUUGACCUAUGGGACUGCCAUUUUGUGCCCCCCCCCCAAUCCCCACCCCUCCCCCGACCUCAGACGCCUGCCAGCCUUCCUCUGGUUCCAUACAAGGACUGUUUUCCUGUUUGUGUUGUAUAGCUUUUGCCAGACAGUUUCCUCUUCUCUCGACGGGCCACUGCUCCUUUCCUCCUUCUAUACCUGCCGCUGCUCACCCCGCUCUCUCUGUCUCUUCUUUCUCUUGGUCCAAGUUCCUUUUCUUUCUUUCUUUUUUUUUAAUUCCCCUCUUCCUCCUCCUCCUCCUCCUCCUCCUCCUCCUCCUCCUCUCCUGAACACGGCAUUAACUGGAGGGGAGGCUGGCCUUUUCCUCCACGUUUGUCAGGUGCUUUUUUCUUCCUCCCCCCUAACCCCUCAUCAUUCCUGGAUCUCUGUAUCACCAUGUGGUUCUGCAUGCCUUUCAGCCCAGCUCUCUCAUUCCAUCCCCUCCUAUCUAUCCCUUCUUUCUCCUUGUCUCCCUCCCCUCAACGUGGUGACAGGUGUGGGGCCUUCGCUCUGUGCCAAAGUGCCUCCAGUCUACAGAGCUCCAGACUUCCCUCCAGCACUUCUUUUCAAUUGGACUGUUGUGGUUUGAUUUUUUUUUUUUUUUUUUUUUUUUACUUUUUUUAAAGAAAUGUUUUUUAUUGCUUUUCUCUUUUUUUUCAGGGAGUUUAUCAAACCAUUUUUUUUAGUGCUGUCUCCCCCCACCUCCACCACCUCCCCAUCAGACUGGGGUUUUUUGUUCUUUUCUUUUUCACAUGUCCAUAAAGAGAGCGCAAACAGGAAGAGGGAGGAAUUCGGGGGCGUGGGGGGGGGCCAAGUAUCACGUUCGUCCUCCGACCAAGACGGCGGUGGGGGGGGCAGGACAAUAACAGGAGGAAGAAAGGGGAGAGGCAGUUCACAAACAUGGUUGAUUCAUCAUACGUGGGCUUGUUUUUAUAUCAAAAUAUAUUUAAAGGAUUAAAAAAAAAAAAGAACAAGGAAAAACUGACUGGGGCAGAGAAUUAAAAAACUGAAAGAAGGAAAAAAAAAAAAAAAAGGACGACUUUCAGGAGCCAGGAGUGUCUGGCGUUAGGAAUGUUCACUGUCUCUGUGAACGCUGGGGUCGGGGUGGUGCAUGCUGUGUGUGAGAGGCCUUGGGUUCAACUGUCAGUGCUUUCAAUGUUCAUUGUUUUAUUAUGCUAUCAUGAUUAUGAAUAAAUCAUUCCAUCUGAA